AUGAACGCGCCACUCACGCUGCAUCGAAGUGGUGCGGGACCAAGCUCGUAUUCGUCACAUAGACCGUUGAUAACACAGCAGCGACUUGUAGGAGCCUCGUCUUCGAUACCUUCGCAAUUCAUCCACAAUGAAUUCAGUUUUGAGCAGUAUAUCAAGGAUCACCUGAAUGUCAAGCUAGAUAACGAUGCGCAAAUCUGUCCAGACUACUCGGAAAGGCUUCAGUGUCCUCGCGGUGCGUCAUGCCCCAGGCGGCAUGUCAGGCCAAGCCAUCUCAACUUCCUGCCCGCAGGAUCUACGGCGCUGCGAGAUCCGAACAAACGCACGGUGUGCAAGCACUGGCUUCGAGGCUUGUGCAAGAAGGACGACCAAUGCGACUAUCUGCACGAAUACGAUAUGCGAAGGAUACCCGAGUGCAGGUUCUACGCCACCUUUGGGUUCUGCAACAGUGGUGACGACUGCCUGUAUCUUCACGUCGAUCCUGCGAUCAAGAGGCGCGAAUGCGAAAGGUACAACCGAGGGUUUUGCCCCAAAGGGCCACUGUGCACAAAGAAACACGUUCGGCGUGUUGCGUGUCCACUCUAUUUGGCGGGCUUCUGCCCUGAGGGACUUGACUGCCCACGUGGACAUGUCAAGAGCACCCCGGCUUCGAGUGCAUCGCGGUCCAAUUCGCCCAUCCAGACGCAUCGACCCUUGACAGCGGCCGAAGCAUUUGGGACGGGCACGGGUCGCGGCGACGAGUAUGGGGACGGAGCAGGUAUGCGUAAUCAGCGUGCACCUGCAGGAAGAUACGGUUUGCCUAGUGGAGGUGCGGCUGGAGGAGCGGGGGCAGCGGAUAUAGGAGCAUCGCGCGGAGGCAUGGGCUAUGCCAACAACAUGCAGAGACGUCCCAACAAUGUCUUCGGAGCGCCAGCACAAGGAGCGCAAGAGGGUGGGAGAGGAUGGCGAAAGGAUCUGUCCGAGGUGCUUUGCUUUAAAUGUGGAGAGAUGGGCCACUUCGCCAACAUGUGUCCGAAUCCAGCACUUCCAGGCAAUCGGGGUGGUGUUGAGCGUGGUCCAGGAGGACAAGCACGACAAGCACGAGAUCGACCACGUCCGUACUAG